AACAAAAACAAAAAAAAACUUUUUGAGUAAUCUUUUGAAUUAAUUCUAUGUUGUUCAUGUUACUUUUUUUUUCUCUCUUUUAAUGGGUGUUAUAUACUAUGGUUUUCUUGGAAAUUUAGUCCUACUGGAAAAUGUUAUGGACUUUUAUUUUUUUAUUAGUCUAAGUUGUGGUUAAUGUGUGUUUAGCAGAAGACAAAAAGCUUCUAACUUUCAUAAUUCUUCAAAGAACAUUUUUUUGAGAAAUCUUUUGAAUUAAUUCUUUGAUGUUCUUGUUACCAUUUUUUUAAUGUUUUUUCUUUAUAGGGUGUUAUAUACUCUAGUUUUCUUGGAAAUCUAGUCCUGCUGAGAAGUGUUCUAUUUUCAGUGGACUUUUGAUUUUUUAUUAGUCUAAGUUGUGUUUAAUGUGUGUUUAGCUAAAACAAAAAGGUUCUAACUUUAAUCUAAACUUUUCAAAAUAACAUCUUUUGAUACUGUCUGAAUUAAUUCUAUGAUGUUUUUGUUACCCUUUUUCUGUUUUUUUCUUUCUUUAUUGGGUGUUAUAUACUCUGGUUUUCUUGGAAAACUAGUCCUUCUGGGAAGUGUUUGAUUUUCUAUGAACUUAUGUUUUUUUAUUAGUCUAAGAUGUGUUUAAUGUGUGUUUAGCAGAAGACAAAAAGGUUCUAAGUUUCAUCUAAACUCUGCAAAAAUACUUUUUUUUUUUUUUGGGAUUCUUUUGAAGGUUCCUGAUACUAGCUAAAUUAAUUCUAUGAUGUUCUUGUUACCAUUUUCUGUUUUUUUCCCCCCUUUAUUGGGUAGUAUUAUGUACUCUGGUUUUCUUGGAAAAUUAGUCCUAGUGGGAAGUGUUUGCUCUGAGCUGUUUCCAUUUACUGUUGACCUAUGGUCUGUUUAAUGUGUGUUUAGCAGAAGACAAAAAAGGUUCUAACUUUCAUCUGAAUUCCCCCCCUCCCCCCCCCCCCCCCCCCCCAAAAAAAAAAAAAAAAUCUUUUGAAGGUUCCUGAUACAUUUUUUGAUGAUAAGGGAACCCGCAGCGCUACCUUUGGGUGCGCAAGGGUAAAUCCCGCUCCAGUGCAAUAGCCCGUAAACCACAUAGGAGAGACAAAGGUUCCUGAAUUAAUUCUUUUGAGCCGAGGGUCUAUCGGAAACAGCCUCUCUAUAAAGGUAGAUGUAAGGUCUGCGUAUGUCUUACCCUCCCUAGACCCCACUUGUGGAAUUACACUAGAUUGUUGGUUCUAACAAUUUGAUCGGCAGUGCACUCGAGUUAUCCAAUUUAGUGAAACACAUUCACUGAUCACUACUCUUAUUGACUUGACCCACCCAAAUUCGACUCAACCCGCCCAUUUGCCACCCCUAGAUGCAAGCAUCUCAGGGACCACGAAGGUCGGGCAGUGUACCUAGAUUGUACCAUCAGCCAAUGCAGCAAGUUCAGCAAUAUUACACCCCUUUCCGUGCUCUUGACGACAACAUUUAUAACGAUAGUAGCAGCUUCGGGACACAGAUUUCUUUUCAAGCACAGAAUGAACAGUUCUUCACUAUUGACUCAUUUUCGCCUCCUUCCAUGAGCUUCUCUCCUUUUUCUCCUCAAUGUUCUCAAUCAUACAUGUCUGAUCCACAUCGUUCCUAUGACAACACUUGUGGUUCACCGGUAAGUGGUUAUUCAGGAGUUGAUGAUGGAACCCGAAAGAACCAUGUGCUGAUGGAACUUAAGAAUACGUUGCAAUGGCCUGAAUCCGAUAUUGAUGACAGCGGAAGUUGCUCCUUCAAUGGUGUAGCCUCGAGACCUUCAAGGCGGAAUCAAGUAUCGGACAUAGCCUCGAGAUUGGACUUGAAAGAGCUACUCGUUGCGUGUGCCGAAGCAGUAUCUGAAGCUGAUAUCUCGACUGCAGAAGUUCUGAUGAAUGUGUUGGAGCCAAGGGUAUCGGUUUCUGGGGUACCUAUGCAACGGCUGAGUGCAUACAUGUUGGAAGGUCUAAGAGCACGAUUAUUAUCCUCGGGGAGUAUUAUAUACAAAAAACUGAAGUGCAACGAACCAACAAGCUCGGAAUUGAUGUCUAACAUGCAAGUUCUCUAUCACAUAUGUCCUUACUACAAGUUCGCUUAUAUGUCCUCCAAUGUAGUUAUCUGUGAAGCCAUGAAGAACGAGAACAGAAUCCAUAUCAUUGAUUUUCAAAUUGCACAGGGAACUCAAUGGAUGUUGCUCAUCCACGAACUUGCUCGUCGGUCUGGUGGACCGCCAUUUGUCCGCAUCACAGGCAUCGAUGAUUCCCAAUCAGCUCAUGCACGGGGCGGAGGACUAAAGCUAGUUGGCGAAAAGUUAGCAAGCGUUGCCGAGUCAUGCGGAGUGCCUUUUGAAUUCCAUGGUGCUGCGUUGUCGGGCUGUGAGGUCAAAAUAGAAAACCUACGAGUUAGACAUGGAGAAGCUUUGGCAGUUAACUUCCCUUACAUGUUGCACCACAUGCCAGACGAGAGUGUAAGCACCAUGAACCAUCGAGACCGCCUAUUAAGAUUAGUCAAGAGCUUGUCUCCCAAAAUUGUGGCCCUAGUUGAACAAGAAUCGAACACCAACACUGCCCCUUUCCUUCUAAGGUUCCGUGAAACUCUAGAUUACUAUACAGCAAUGUUCGAGUCAAUUGAUGUUGCCCGUCCGAGGGAUGACAUGCAGCGGAUCAAUGCCGAGGAGCAUUGCAUUGCACGGGAUGUUGUCAAUAUAGUAGCAUGUGAAGGGGCUGAUAGAGUGGAAAGGCAUGAACCUUUUGGCAAGUGGAGGUCAAGACUUUUGAUGGCUGGAUUUACUCCAUGCCCGUUGAGUCCAUCGGUUGGUGAGACCAUCAAGGACAUGUUGAAGGGUUAUAGCUCGAAUUAUAGGCUUGCCGAGAGCCAGGGGGCGAUUUAUCUUGGAUGGAAGAACAGAGCUUUAGCAACUUCGUCUGCUUGGCAAUGACCUCUUUGCCUUCGCAAUCUUGAUAUUAGCUUUCGGAAGAAUAGAAGAGUGUUUCUUUGAUUUUUUUUUUUCUUUUUCACAGAGGUAAGUUUCUGAAAUCUUACUUGUACAUCCUAGUGUAGGAAUUAGCAGAGGAAACAGUAAGCUCUAGAGUAGACACCAUCAACUCAACUGUUGAUCAAAAAUGGAAAUAGCAGAGAAGAUUUUGUAGCAAUUGUCACUUUUACCAAACUUACCAGCUUACUUAAUGAUAAAUCUGUUCUGUGCCUCCUCUCAGUAA